GCUAAUCAAGCAACUACCAUUUGAAGUGAGCUGUCACUUUCACCUGCUGCGACAAACUUCUUAGCACCUACAUUCACUCCGGCGUUCACUGCGGCGUUCACGGCCCUUGAAACUAGCGGUCUGAGCACAAUGGUGCAGCUCACCGAACAAAUAAUCAAAGGGAAAACCAAGUUGGACAAACUUGAAGAGGUGAAGAACCUCAACCUCUGGGGCCAGGACCUGGACGACUGCGCUGUGCUGGCCAAGCUGCCGAACUUGGAGGUGCUGUCGCUGUCGGUGAACCGGCUGGCGAGCCUGAAGGACUUCCGGCACUGCGCCAAGCUGCAAGAGCUCUACCUGCGCAAGAACGACGUGAAGGACCUGCACGAGAUCCAGCACCUGGCGGGGCUGCAGCACCUGCGCGUGCUGUGGCUGUCCGACAACCCCUGCGCCGACCACCCCAACUACAAGCAGUUCGUGGCGCGCACGCUGCCGCAGCUGCACAAGCUAGACAACGAUGACAUCGGAUCCAUGUACCAGGGAGCGGGUGGGGAUGGGGCGGGUGGUCCGCCCGCGCCGCCGGCGCGGUCCGGGUCCGGCGCGCCGCCGCCGGGCGCAGGGGCGGGGGCCGGCUCCGCCGGCCCGUCGCCCUAUGGCACGCCGCAGAUAGAGCGCGGCUCGAGCCGCGGCAGUGCGGGUGUCAGCCCUGAGGGCGGGCCAGCGGGCGGUUAUGCGGCGGCACGCGCAGCGGCGGCGGCUGGUGGAGGCGGCGGCGGCGGGCGGAGCACCAAGAAUAUCCUGUAUGCGGUGAUGGCGUUGCUGGGGGAGCUGGAGGAUGAGGACCUGGUGUAUGUGCGGAGAGAGAUUGAGCAGCGCAUCGGCGGGCGAUGAGCGUUUUGAGGCCGGGCUGGCAGUGUGGGCAUGACAAUUUUCGGCCCGGGCUUGGGCGGGACUGUUUGUGAUGCUGUUCAAGUCCGCCAGACUUUCGUGGCAGUAUGAGAGCGAGCUGGGCGAACCCGGAUAGUAAUAUGGACGACGCAGCCGAUUUCAGCCAGAUGGCGACUGGGAGCCGCGCCGCGCGCAAUGCUUAAUCCGGGGCACCCCUCGACGAGCGAGGCGGGCCCUCAUGCCUAGGCUGGGGGCUUAACCAAUGUGUGGCACACCACGUGCUGGUUUACCGCGGUGACGACCGAUCAUGCCGUAAUCAUGCGGUAUGUUGGCAGCGCGCGCAGGCAAUGUCCCACCACAAUGCCGCACGCCUGCCCCGUAGCCACCCCGCCAGGCUCCGAGGUAUUAGGCUGCUGGGCACCACGCACCUAGCUACCCUCGCCUGUAAGCUCCCUGACUC